AUGUUUGGGAUCGCAGAGAUUUUCUACAUAUUAAAGGUAACCAUUGCUGGUAAAGAUGAAGUAUAUGAUGUGGCAAUCGGGAAAAUUCACCAAGGGAUAAAGUACCAAUAUCUUGGUGAAUAUGCCAUCUAUCCUUAUGUUGAAACAGAAUCUAGUUGUAAGCUUGAGAUUUUAGAUAUGAAAUCUAUAUCAAGCGUGGUUAUGAAAUUGGAGAAUUUAAAAUUAAGUUCAACAUCCACUUUCUUUGGUUUCAAGGAAAUAAUGCUAAAUAAAGAUAAAUUUAUUCAAGUAGAGGAACAAAAAGCUGCUGAACUACAUAAUGAAAUUAGCAACAUUAGAACUAGAGAUAUUAAUGAUAAUGGCCAUGAUACAGCUAGUCUUGGGGAAUCAUCAGAUCUUGUUGAUGCAAAUUACCAGUUAAACUGGGAGGAUGUCCUAAAUUGA